ACAUUCACACAAGUCCCCACAGCUUGAGAAACACCUCAGACCUGACAUAAUAACAUGGAAACAACUGCCUCUCCACCUCCAAGUCCCUCUCCAUACACCUUCGCCUUCCUCCCCAACGCCUCAGUCCCCUCCUCUUCCCCGUCCAUCUCUCCAUCUCCCAGCCUGGCCUCCACCGCUCUGUUCUGCUCCCUCCUGUCCCUGCUCUCCCUCCUGGGCAUCGCAGGGAACCUGUACACCCUGGGUCUCCUCCUCCAUCGCAGGACUGGAAGGAGGAGACACACUGCAGCGGCAGUUCCAGCCUGCUGUCUGGCAGUCAGACUCCCGUUACCCUCCUGUCUGGCCAGCUCCUCCUCCUCCCCCUCCCUAUCUCCUUCCUCCUCUCCCACCUCCUCCUCCUCGUCCCUCCACCUGCAAGUGCUGAGCCUGGCCUUGGCCGACCUCCUCUACCUCUUCACGACUCCCUUCAUCGUGUACGACAGCCUGGCGUCCGAUUGGGCGUUCGGGGAGCCCGGCUGUCGUCUCCUCCUGAGCCUGGACCUGCUCACCAUGCACGCAUCCAUCUUCACCCUCACCGCCAUGAGCCUGGACCGCUACCGAGCCGUGGCGCGCCCUCUCCACACCUCCUCGUCCAACUCGUCAGGCCUGCUGCGUGUGGGCCUGGCCUGGGGCCUGGCCGUGGCCCUCAGUCUGCCUAUGAUGAUCACCCUGCACCUGGAGGAUGGGGAGAACCAGGAGGGCCAGCUGUGUGUGCCGGCUUGGGACGAGCAGAGCUCCAAAGCUUAUCUCACCGUGCUGUUUUGUACCAGUAUCCUGGGCCCAGGGCUGGCCAUCGGGGCUCUGUAUGCGACUCUGGGCCGGCUCUACUGGGUGUCCCAGACCAAGCCUGCCUGGGCCAGUGGGAGCACGGCCCACCCUCCACGAGCGCCCAGGCCCAAGGUCCUGCUGCUCAUCCUGGGGAUCGUUCUGGCCUUCUGGGCAUGUUUCCUCCCCUUCUGGAUCUGGCAACUGCUCCCCCUCUACCAGCCGGACAUCCUGCGGACGAUACCGGUGGGAACCCAGGUGACGGUGAACCGCAUCCUGACAGGGCUGACGUACGGGAAUUCGUGCGUCAACCCGUUCUUCUACACGCUGCUCACCGGUAAACGCAGACGGAACCGACAGACGCAGAACUCAGCCAAUCAGCUCUGCCGCAAGACUAGCCCGCUACAGUAGACAGCGUGUUUUGUGUGCAC